UCUAGGUACAUAUCGAGUCGCCUCAACGUAACUAUACAAGGGGCAUCCUAAUUAGAUGCUGGAAACUGGCACAAUUGGAUAGACUUGCAUAUUCCCCAAUUUCUUUCUUGUGCAUCGGAAUCGUCAUUGCAGUUCCCCGCCUUCAAAAUGGAGUCAGAACUCCAAUCUCAGAUCCCCGGUUUGGACCGCGUGGUAUCAGAAUAUUCUGUGGGCUAUCUCACUCAUGCUUCCAAGGCUUAUGUUGAAGAUGCAAAUGUCCCGUCGCCACUGGCGGAAGCCGCGGACAUGGUGACGGAGCUCCUCGUCUCUGCGUCGGGGAACUUUUCUCCUCAAAAUGAAGCUGCCAUCCGCAACCUGGUGGAGAAGUUUAUCUCUUCGUUGAGCGCGUCCAACGGGGUGGAUGCCGAACGCAGCCAGAUGCCCUUCACCGCGAAGAAGCUGGACCAGGCUAUCAACGUCGGCUCUCAGCGAAACAUGUCCUCCACCCUGGGUCUUGCCGGAGGAAACGUCGACCUGGAAUCGGCCAAUGCUCGAAAGGUGGAGUCUCGUGUGGACCGCAAGAAGCUCGAAAAAGCAGAGCGCAAGAUUCGCGCCAAGCAGGAGAAGAAGCAGAUGAAGACGGUGCAUUACGAAUCUUCCCGCCUCAUCACCCAGCCCGACGACGCCAUGACUUACGAAGAGUUCUUCAUGGCCGUCAAUCCGCUUCAGUUGGGCUCCGAUUCACAGCAGAAGAGCAAGGAUAUCAAGAUCGACAGUAUCGAUGUGUCUGUCGGUGGUCUCCGUAUCCUGACCGAUGCGUCUCUUACGCUCGCUUUCGGCCAUCGUUAUGGUCUUGUUGGUCAGAACGGUAUCGGAAAAAGUACCCUGCUGCGUGCUUUGAGUCGCAGAGAAGUGGCAGUCCCGAGCUACAUCUCGAUUCUCCACGUCGAACAAGAAAUCACAGGUGACGAUACCCCGGCUCUUCAAGCAGUCUUGGAUGCCGAUGUGUGGCGAAAGCGCCUUCUCGCCGACCAGGAUAAAAUCACCAAGCAGCUUGCCCAGCUUGAUACGGAAAGAUCGUCGAUGGCAGACACGUCCCAAGAUGCGGCUAAACUCGAUCAUGAAAGAGAGGGUCUUGACACGACCCUGAGUGACAUCUACGCGAAACUGGCGGAGAUGGAAUCCGACAAGGCCGAGUCCCGCGCAGCUAGUAUCUUGGCCGGUCUUGGAUUUUCAGCCGAAAGGCAGCAAUUUGCAACCAAGACUUUCUCCGGUGGUUGGCGUAUGCGUUUGGCAUUGGCGCGGGCUCUAUUCUGCGAGCCAGACUUGCUUUUGUUGGACGAACCUUCUAACAUGUUGGACGUGCCGUCCAUUACAUUCUUGUCCAAUUACCUACAGGGCUAUCCUAGCACCGUUUUGGUUGUUUCUCACGACAGAGCAUUCCUUGAUGAAAUUGCAACGGAUAUCAUACAUCAGCAUAACGAGCGACUUGACUACUACAAGGGUGGUAACUUCACCUCCUUCUAUGGGACCAAGGAAGAACGGAAAAAGAAUGCCAGGCGCGAGUAUGAGAAGCAAAUGGCCGAGCGCGCGCAUCUGCAAGCCUUCAUCGACAAGUUCCGAUACAACGCGGCCAAGUCGUCCGAAGCGCAAUCGAGAAUCAAAAAGCUGGAGAAGAUGCCAGUCCUCGAGGCUCCCGAAAGCGACUAUGUUGUACAUUUCAAGUUCCCAGAAGUGGAGAAGAUUUCUCCUCCCAUUCUACAGAUGGACGGCGUUGCUUUCGGAUAUACUCCAGACCGGCCACUUCUCAAGGACGUUGAGCUCAGCGUGCAGCUUGAUUCUCGUAUAGGCAUCGUCGGGCCAAACGGUGCUGGUAAGACUACAGUACUGAAACUGCUCACUGGCCAGCUACAGCCGACCUCUGGCUUGAUCUCUACACAUUCAAGACUUCGCGUUGGAUUCUUUGCUCAACAUCACGUUGAUGCCUUGGAUCUAACCACCAGUCCCGUGAGCUUCAUGGCGAAGACCUAUCCCGGAAAGACAGACGAGGACUACCGUCGACACUUAGGAGCAUUCGGCAUUACGGGUAUGACGGGCCUUCAACGCAUGGAACUUCUGUCCGGAGGUCAAAAGUCCCGUGUCGCCUUCGCCUGCUUGUCGCUGACCAACCCGCACAUCCUUGUGCUGGACGAACCGUCUAACCACUUGGAUAUUGAGGGUAUGGAUGCGUUGUCCGAAGCAUUACAGAACUUCGAGGGAGGUAUCGUGAUGGUAUCCCACGAUGUGACGAUGCUUCGAAACGUCUGCAAGAGUCUCUGGGUUUGUGACGGUGGUACGGUGCACAAGUUCGACGGCACCGUCGAGGCCUACAAGAAGAUGAUCACUUCGCAGGCCAACUCGGCGGGAGUAGCUAUAGCUCACUAAGUCCAUGUAAAGCUUGUGUACGGAGUAGUAGCAUUGGCUUCUACGUGAUCAAAAAUACAUUCAUUCCCACGUGGAUCAGUGCGGUCUAUCUUCACCUGUUAUUGAUUUAAAGAAGUAGAGAGCGUGAGAGAGC